AUGACCUGGCCUCCCGACGCGCCCCCACGCCCCCCUCACUGCUCCCAGAGCGUACCAGUACAUCCCCCCCCACCUGCCUGCAGUCUACAGGACAGAGAACUCUGGGAGGACAUCAGACGAGCCUCACACACUGCUCUGAUGGACAGGAUGGAGCUGGAGACAAGCCAUAUGGGCGGAGUAGACGCUGCACAUACCCCGCCUCCCAACCCUGGCCCCUCCCCCCUGAGCCCAGAGGCUCCUCCCACCCUGUUGGAGCUAGAAGCCCGUCUGGCGCAGUACGAGAGGAGAGUGAGAGAGGAGGAGGAGGAUGGAGGGAGAGAUGAAAGGAAGGUUCCGGACCUUCAGAAGGAUGACAUGAUGGCCAGGAAGACAGGUGCGUUCCCCAGGACCCACAACACCACGACAACAACAUUCAACCGCUUCCUACCACUGCCGGGUUCCAAACGCCCAGCACAGGAAGUAGUCACAGACAGGAAGCUACAGCAAUCCAGGGUCUCCAUGGACAUGCCUCAACAGCACCCCAACGUGGCAAUGGUCAUCAGGCCGCCCGUUCCCAGCCAUUGUAACUAUGAUGAUGAUGAUGAGGAUGAGGAAGAGUGCCCUGUACCAGACCUGGAGAAGGAUGAUAUGUUGGCUCGUAGGACCGGGGCAUACCAACACAGCGCGGGGAGAACCGGACGCUCCUUUAACCUGUUCCUGCCUGUCCCUGGAGCGGCCCAACAGAAGAACACCCCUCUGGUGGACCCAACCAACUCUACAAGAACACCCCCUCUGGUGGACCCAACCAACUCUACCAGAACACCCCUCUGGUGGACCCAACCAACUCUACAAGAACACCCCUCUGGUGGACCCAACCAACUCUACCAGAACACCUCCUCUGGAUCUGGAAGAGUCGUCAGUGCUUCUCAGGAUCUGAUCAGGAAGGAGGAGGAGAGGAAGCGGAUGGAGAGGAUGAUGAAGGAGGAGGAGGGAGGCCACACCCAGAAGAAGAAGAACAUCAAGACGUACAGAGAGAUCGUAGAGGACAAAGAGCGUAGGGAGGCGGAGCUGUGUGAUGCAUACAGGAGGGCGGGCUCUAAAGCGGAAGCUGCCAUGGUUCUCCAGCGUUACGCUCUCCGCUUCACCAUCAGUGAUUCAACGCUGGACAGUCUGCAGCUACCUAGAACCAUCACUACUGACCAGAACCCUGAGUCUAGAACACCUGCUACCAACCAGAACCCUGAGUUUAGAACCACUACUACCAACCAAAACCCUGAGUCUAGAACACCUGCUACCAACCAGAACCCUGAGUCUAGAACCAUUACUACCAACCAGAACCCUGAGUCUAGAACUAUUACUACCAACCAUAACCCUGAGUCUAAAACCAUCACUACUGACCAGAACCCUGAGUCUAGAACCAUUAUUUCUGAGCAGAACCCUAACCCUAGAACCACUCCAAACCCAAAACACCCAACACACCCAACACACGCACACACAAAACCACUCCACACAAAGUCAGCACACACUCCCCCUCCCAUCUCCCCCUCACGGCCCCUCCCUCUCCUAACAGCCAAGCCCUACUGCCAGCCACCACAGACACAGCCUGGACACAAGCCUGUUCAGCCAACCGAACACCCUGGUGCCAAUCAGAAGACACAGGUGUCGGCCGUCAGCGCCCUGAUUGGAGGGAGGAACUGUGUUGUCACGACGACCAUCGUGACGGAACUCACCCAGACACACCUGCAGCCACGUCCGUUAGAUAUGCUCAGCAACACACAGGUGAACGGCUCCAUGGCAUUGUCAAGGAGAUCAGGGGAGGAGGCGGGGUCUGACUCUUCAUUGCUUAGCAACCAGAACACCUACUCAUCCUCGGUGACAGGAGGACUGGAGGGGAGCAGUGGGACGAUGGAGAGCCCCAUGUUGAACCUGGCUAAGCGUGUAGAUCACUGGGUGUGGAACCCUGAGGAUGAGAGGAGACGACAGGAGAAGUGGCAGCAGGAGCAGGAGAGAUUCCUACAGGAGCAGUACCUCAGGGAGCAGGAGAAACUGAAAGGGGAGUGGGAGAGAGCGCAGAGAGAGGUGGACGAGGAAGAACGAAGACACAGCGAAGAGGAGAAGAAGAUCCUGGAGGAGACGGCAACGGCCCUUUCUCAUCCACCUCCCACAGAGCUCGCUGUUCAGACAGAAGUGAUCGUUCCGGCACAACAGAUCU